CUGUUGCCAGUUUCUCCGAGACAAGGACGGGUUGAGCUGAGGAAAAACCCGGAGAGCAACUUUGUGCAAGAUGCAGGGGGUUUCAGCCACUGACCUCCCUGCCUCCUCCCUGCAGUACCAGUGUGGAUCAGUGGACUACCUGUGUUCUCCACGGCUAGUAAAGAAAGGUCCAACCCCCAGACCAUGUCACGACAGGCCUGCCAUCAAACCCCGGCCGCAGCCCUCCACCUCACCAAGACCGUCAAUUGCACAGAAACCUCAAGUGCCCCCUAAACCUGCGCACCUGCUCGCCCUUGGGCAAGACAAGAAACCUAAGAGGAUCCCCCCAGCACCCUCGAGGCCUCUGCCAGCACCCCCUCCUCCGCCUAAACCAAAGCCCAGUUUGCCCCCUCCUGGCCCGGGAGCACAGCCACAAAGAGAGGCCCAGAAAGUAGGACUGCUCAUCGAGAGGUUCGAGAAUUCAAAGGUCCCCAUACUGGGGGUGCUCCCACGCUCUCAGCUGCACCUGUGUCUGAAAAUGGACACUGUGUCUGACAUCACUUCCUCCUGUGGCCAGGACACCACAGCAAAGGUUGCAGGAGACUCUUCCACUGUGGACAAACUUGCACUCGGUAUCUCGGAGCAGACUGACGAGGUGUCUGAACUUUCCCAUCUGGCUACUGUGCACAUUGAUGGCUCAGAUGAUGCCCCGCUGGACGAAUGUGUGGAGGUGGACAUCACACACAGCGUUGGUUGCCUUGAUGACGUGGAGCGGGAGGAAGGCUCCUCUCACGAGCUCCUGGACAAUCCAGACUCCUCAGAGCAGAAUGGGAAGAUUCCUAACCGGGACAGUGGCAUCGACAGCCCAUCAUGCGCUGUAGAAGGGGAGGUGUUCCCCAAUGAGGACGCCAUCGACGAGGAGGAUCAUUACGACAGCGUCACUGAAACAGAGAGUGUGUCCUGCUGCGUAACCAUGGGCAAUAAGCGAGAUUCAACACAGGAUGAGGACAGUGACUUGGAUGAGGGGAGCAGUGGAGAGAUACACUCUCUGACAGACACACAGACUGGGUAUCUGACAGAUACACACUCAGAGGCGCACAAAUGCUCAGAGGCUCAGAAGCUCCUGAACAUCGCCAAAGAGCUUCUCCAGACUGAAGAGGCCUACGUCAAAAGACUCAACCUCCUCGACCAGGUAUUUUGCACUAAGCUCACAGAAGCUGGAAUCCCUCAGGACGUCAUUACAGGGAUCUUCUCCAACAUCUCCUCUAUCUACUGCUUCCAUGACAAGUUCCUGCUCCCUGAGCUCAAGAUACGCAUUACUGGAGAAUGGGACUCUAACCCUCGCAUUGGAGACAUCCUCCAGAAACUGGCUCCGUUCAUGAAGAUGUACGGGGAAUAUGUGAAGAACUUUGACCGAUCCAUGGACCUGGUGAAUACCUGGACGCAGCGGUCUUCGCAGUUCAAAAGUGUUGUCCAGAAUAUACAGAAACAGGAUGUGUGUGGGAACCUCACGUUGCAGCACCACAUGCUUGAGCCAGUCCAAAGGAUUCCUCGCUACGAGCUGUUGCUCAAAGACUAUCUGAAGAAGCUGCCCGAUGAUGCUUUCGACCGAAAAGACGCUGAGAAGGCCCUGGAGUUAAUAUCUACUGCAGCUAAUCACUCCAAUGCAGCAAUCAGGAAAAUGGAGAAGAUGAACAAGCUUCUGGAGGUUUAUGAGAGGCUUGGAGGAGAAGAGGACAUAGUUAACCCAGCAAAUGAGCUCAUCAAAGAAGGACAUAUCAAGAAGAUGUCAGCCAAAAAUGGAACAGCACAAGACCGAUACCUCUACUUGUUCAACAAUAUGGUGCUAUACUGUGUGCCUAAACUCAGACUGAUCGGACAGAAGUUCAGCGUCAGAGAGAGGAUUGACAUUGCUUUCAUGGAGGUGCAGGACAAUGUGAAGCAGAACCUUCCUCACUCGUUCGCCAUUAUCGGCAAACAGCGUUCACUGGAGCUGCAAGCCAGGACAGCCGAGGAGAAAGAAGAUUGGAUUCAGGUGAUCCAAGCCACCAUCGAACGGCACAAGCAAAACAGCGAAACAUUCAAUAAAGCUUUCAACAGCUCCUUCUCCCGGGAAGAUGACCAUAUCCCUGAAUCACCGGGUCUCUGGAACACAACAUCCAUUGACUCAGAUGGCGAACGACUGCAUGAAAGGAAAAGUUCCAAGAAAAAGGAGAAAGAGAAGCAGACAUGUAAAGGCUGCAACGAGAGCUUCAAUUUCACCAAACGCAAACAUCACUGCAAGUCCUGUGGAGCGGCCAUCUGUGCAAAGUGUUCAAAGACUUUGGACAACAGUCGAGUGUGCCCAGAGUGUUUCGAGGCCAGCCUCAGCCUGGAGACUUUGUGUGUUAGUGAACAGAAAAAGAAAUCGGCGCCUGAGAGACAGGCAUCUUUAACGGGAGAGAACUGCCUGCAGUGUGGCUACCUCCAAGUGCAGGAGAAAGGGAAGAGCUGGACCAAGAUGUGGGUGGCUAUCACCAAGACUGAGCCACUUGUGUUGUACUUGCAGAACAGUGGACAGGACUCGAAGGGGGCACGGGCGGUGCCACUCCCUGGGUUUGAUGUGAAUGCAGUACCCCCGUCAGCAGGCGAGAAGUCAGAGGUCAAACAUGCACUCCGGCUCAGUCACACCCAGCAAACUUUACUCCUAAGUGCCCCAGAUGCAGAACUUCACGCCAAGUGGCUUGAUAUUCUCUCUAAAGCUGGCCGCGGAGAAAUGCUCACAGAUGCAUCGACGAGCCUGACUGAACACAGGAAGAGCCAAUAGUGGCCAUGUUAGAGCCACAGGACUCGCUCCCCCCCCCCCUUAUCUUUCCCUCUCCUGUGUAUAGAGCACACAUUACUUGAAUUCACUUUACCUUGGCACUUUUUUGUUGUUUUUUUUUCUUUGAUAGGACCACUCAAUCCUUCCUAUGCCACUUCAGUCUUAUCCUCAUGACCACACAGCUACUUCUUUGUCUCUGUCUCUGUUUAACACAUGCAAAAACAAGAAGGACUAUGUCACCUUGGCCGCUGUAUGUGGGGUUGGAUAUUCAAUUCCUCUCAGUGUUUUCUGCAGCCGAAGAGAAACGGUGAAAAGAACUGUUUUUAUAAUUUGUAAUUUAGCUGAAGAAGGUUCCUGUAUGAUUUUAAAAAAAAGUUGAAGUACCUUGUACAUUAUGGGGGCUGUGUUGUGAAGCAUUAACUCUCCUGUGUUUAUCUUUGCAUUCAUGCAAAAGUGUGUAUGUGUGUCUGUGUGAGUGCAAGCCCCCUCCCGUGUUAAGUAUUGAAUGUUAGUGUAAAAACCUGUGCCACCUCUCUGUUGUCUUCAUGCCUGUUGGGGAAACAGUGGCAGUUCUGGGGUUUUGUACAGUGUGUAUACUAUAGUGUGAUGUAAGGAAAAGUAAAAAAAAAAAUUUUAAAAAGACAUUUUAACUUAAAAAGACACAGAGAUGUGUACACUUGUGGCUGGCCACCUGAUGCUCCCACUGUCAGCUCCCAACUUACAGACCCUAUAUUCAUAUAUCUGUCUCCUAUACUGGUAAUUAUUCCUUCCUGUCAUGGUCUUUGAAGUCCAAGACCUCUGAUCCACCACAUCUCUACGCUCUUAUUAUUGCGAUUCAUCCAGAUGAGAGUAAACAGCCAGAAUUCAAUUCUGACCCUGCAGGUUCAGUCCCACAAUAUCUCCACUUGUACACAUGCUAAAUAAAUCCUUUCCAUGUAUCCC